AUUUAGUAGAGUAAUUCAAACCAAAACCAAGAGCUUCCAUUACCUCCGACACAACCAACCAAAGCGGCUUCUCUUUCUAAGAAAAUAUAUGCUCCCAUAACGUCACAAUAACCUCGGACAGUUCCCUGUCUCUGAUCCCUUUAUAGAAACUCCUCCAAAUGCUUUUGCUCGGAAGGAAAAAAUAAAAAAUUAUAAAAAGCUCUUCAAUUGCUGCAGCUCACCCAAUCACGCCACUUCCUACGCUUCUUGUGAAUCUUUGCCAAGAAAGACACAAACCCUCCUGCUGUUUUCCCUGCAAAACCUGAGAAUUGUUGCAUUGUGUCUCUUUUGCCGCUCAAAACCCAGUUUCUGACUCUGUUUUCCCUGUUCUUUUGCUUGCUUUUCUGGGUUCUUUUGAAUUUUCUUUGUCGUGUUUUGCUUUGUGAUUUACCUGUUAUGGGUCGUUGGAGAAGACAACAAGGCGGAACUCAACAUAAAGAAACUCAGGGGACACGAUCGCAGAACUGGAAGCCACCUGUGUAUGCUUGGCAGUCAUCUGUGCCUUCCUGGGAAAAGAAGUUCUGCACAUCAAUUGGUUCAGUUCCAUGGCGGAAGCUCCUGGAAACCAAGAAGUGUAUGUAUCUCUAUGAUAAUGUGGUUCAAUGGAAUGACUCUGCUGGUGAAGAAGCAUUUCACAAUGCAAAAAACAGAUUUUGGGCAGAGAUUAACGGCCUCCCCUGUGACAUAUCAUUGCCUGAUCCUGAUAUUUAUAUUGACAAAGUAGAUUGGAACUCCAGCAUUGAUCCUGAAUUGCUGUUGAACUUGGAACAGGAUUCCAAUGCUCCUUCUGAGGGAGAUAAAGAUGAGAAGGCUGUGAUUCUUGCUGAUUUUCUAUUGAAUCAGCCAUCCUGUUGCACUGGAUGGGGGGAAGCUGAAGAGGACUUGAGAAAAACCACCAACUUGGCUUGGCAUCCUGGAUAUGGGAACUAUAACCAGGCUGUAAAUAACAACAAUGAUUAUUGGGAGCAUAAUUAUGGUCAGAGUAAUGGAGCCAUUGAAGACAAUGGAUGGGCAAAUUAUCAGAAUGAUUCGUGGGGAUGGAAUCAGUGGGAAAAUGGUGGUUGUAAUGAGUGGGAGAAAAACUAUAUUGAGUCAGAAAACAAUAGCAGGAGAAAAGAAGUCUCUGAUCGGUACAUGUCAAGGUAUAAAACCUCAAGGUUUCAUGGAAAUGACUAUCAUCAAAUGGGUCGUGGGUGGAAAAAUGGUAGGGUAAGGAGGAAGGUCAAUUUUGCAUAUGAAUGACCACUCUAGAUUUAAUAAGGAAAAAAAAGGCCUGCCUCCGGGCAGUGGAACCUGAAAUCUUGUUGUUCUGCCAUUAUGGAUUCAGCACAGCAUGAAAUCCAUGGAGCUAGUAGAAAUAACUUUUGUGAAGCCCUCGAGUGUAUAGUAUGUUGUUUAUAUGAGUUUGUUAUGUUCUUGGUUAUUUACAUAAAAAAUAGUAUGUAAUUGUGUGAUACAUUCUCAGCAAAGUCGAUCAUGUUUGGUUUAAGCUUAGAUUUUUGUAGUUUGCUUGGGAAGUCAAAGCAGAUUUGGAACAUGGCCCUGCCGGCCAUCAGGACAGGGUGCGAUGUGACCAUGUUUGAUAAACUCAGUUAUCAUGAAAUGCUUUGCCGUGUGUAUGUGACAAUGAGAGUAUCAGUGUGGAGGCUACUGUAUUUUAGGUUGAGAGAAUUUUAAGUUACAAUGGAAGUUGAUUAAGAUUACUCGGAUUAAUGAAAUAGUAAGUUCUCAUUAUUACUU